CAACCCGGAAGUGACGCGCUGUCUGUGUUGUGGCAAGAUGGCAGAGUCCUGCUCUUCCUCUGACAGGACGAGAGUCGCUGCCAGUCUCUGCGCUGUUAGCAUGGAAUCGAUCGAGAAAAUAACCGAGCUGGAGGAGCUGGAGCGGGUGUACCAGCAACUCAGUGACGAGGAGAGAGGCGUGGAAGCCGAGCUGGAGGCAAUCGUGCAGCAGCAGAGCAACAUCCAGACCAAGAUGAUGGCCCUGCAACGAAUGGGGCCAAACCUGCAGCUGAUUGAGGGCGACGCCAGCCAGCUGUCUGGGAUGAUCACCUUCACCUGCAGCCUGGCUGAGAACGUCAGCAGCAAAGUGAGACAGCUGGACCUCGCCAAGAACCGUCUCUACCAGGCGAUCCAGCGCGCGGAUGAUAUUCUGGACCUGAAGUUCUGUAUGGACGGGGUGCAGACGGCACUGCGCAACGAGGACUACGAGCAGGCGGCCGCGCACGUCCACCGCUACCUCUCCCUGGACCAGUCCGUCAUCGAGCUGAGCCGGCAGGGGGGAGAGGGCAGCUUGGUGGAUGCAAACCUGUCCCUCCUGCAGGAGGCUGAGCAGAAGCUGAAGGUGAUCGUGACGGAGAAGCUGGACCAGGCCAUCGAGAAGGGGGACCUGCCCCAGGUGGAGCGCUUCUUCAAGAUCUUCCCUCUGCUGGGGCUGCAUGAGCAGGGUCUGGGCCGCUUCUCCCAGUACCUCUGCACACAGCUGGCCAGUAAGGCGGAGGAAAACCUGCUGCUGGCCCUGGGGGUGGAGCUGAGUGACCGGAGGGCCUCGCUGGUCUUUGCUGAUACCCUCACGCUGCUCUUUGAAGGGAUUGCCCGGAUUGUGGAGACACACCAGCCCAUCGUGGAGACCUACUAUGGCCCAGGGCGCCUCUAUACCCUCAUCAAACACCUGCAGGUAGAGUGCGACCGGCAGGCGGAGAAGGUGGUGGACAAGUUCAUCCAGCAGAGGGACUACCACAGGAAGUUCCAGAUUGUACAGAACAAUAUGAUGAGAAGUUUAACCACAGAAACACUGGAGCCCAGGGAGCUAGACCCAAUCCUGGCAGAGGUGACCCUAAUGAACGCCCGCGCUGAGCUCUACCUGCGUUUCCUGCGGCGACGCGUCACUGCAGACUUCGAGGUGGGGGAUGCUAUGGCCCCCGAGAGCCUCAUUCAAGAGCACCAGCACUCCCUGGAGAAGAUGCUGAAUCACUGCCUGCUGAGUAGGAACAUGCAGGAGCUCAUUGGCUAUUACAUCACAAUGGAGGAGUACUUCAUGAGGGAGACUGUGAGCAAGGCAGUUGCCAUGGACACCUAUGAGAAGGGUCAGCUGACCUCCAGCAUGGUGGACGACUGCUUCUACAUUGUGAAGAAGUGCAUCGGCCGCGCUCUGUCCAGCUCCAGCAUAGACUGCCUGUGCGCCAUGAUCAACCACUCCACCUGCGUGCUCGAGUCUGACUUCAGGGAGGUGCUGUAUAACAAGCUGCGGCUGGGGUUCCCAGCCACCACGCUGCAGGAUAUCCAGAGGGGGGUGAGCAGCGCAGUGAGCCUCAUGCAGAGCAGCCUGCAGCAGGGCAAGUUCGACACCAAGGGGAUCGAGAGCAGCGAGGAGGCCAAGAUAUCCUUUCUGGUGACUCUGAACAACGUGGAGGUGUGCAGCGAGAACAUCAUGACUCUGAAGAGGAAUCUGGAGAACGAUUGCAGCAGACUGUUCAGCCAGGGCUUUGGAGGAGGAGAGCAUGCGCACGCCAAGAUUGACAGUGGCCUGUCCGACAUGGUGGCAGUGUCCACCAAAUUCAAAGACCUGCUGCAGGAAGGCCUGACUGAGCUGAACAACACAGCCAUUAAACCCCAGGUGAAGCCGUGGAUCAGCAGCUUCCUGUCAAUCUCUCACAACAUCGAGGAGGAGGAGUUCAAUGAGUACGAAGCCAACGACCCCUGGGUGCAGCAGCUGAUCCUGAACCUGGAGCAGCUCAUGGGGGAGUUCAAGACAGCCUUAUCCUCCGUUAUCUAUGAUAACCUGACCAGUCUGAUGACCAGUCUGGUAGCCAUUGAGCUGGAGAAAGUAGUCUUCAAAUCCACCUUCAGCCGGCUGGGCGGGCUGCAGUUCGACAAGGAGCUGCGCUCCCUGGUCGCCUACCUCACCACCGUCACCACCUGGACAAUCCGGGACAAGUUUGCACGACUCACCCAGAUGGGCACCAUCCUGAACCUCGAGAGGGUGACGGAGAUCCUGGACUACUGGGGCCCCAACGCCGGCCCCCUCACCUGGAGGCUCACCCCAGCAGAGGUGAGGCAGGUCCUGGCGCUCCGCAUCGACUUCCGUAGCGAGGACAUCAAGAGGCUGCGGCUGUAGAGAGGAGGGAGCGGAGUGGAGCAGCCCUGAGGCUAGAGGAGAGGCAGCUCGUGCGAACACAGCAGUGGUUUACCUGUCCACUAUGUUUGCAGGGAUUAUUGCAAUAAUGGCAGUGCUUUGCACAUGUGCAGUGGAUUGCUAAGGUCUAUAAAUAAUAAUAAAAAAUCAUCUUUU